AUGGAGCAGCAAGUCGAAGACAUGAAUAUUUUGUUUCGGCAGCAGGGGAGCACGGACCGCGUUUACCUCGUCUUGCCCCUAUCGGAGGCACUGAAUCCACCUGCAGGUCACUUCUCCCACAACCACAUCAUGGAAGGCGAUAAAGCGUCUUUCCCGCGGGAAGUUCUGCCGCUGCUCCUGGAGAGACAGUGGGACGCGCCGUGGCACUUCCUCCUCGAGAAGGUGUACGGCCCAUUUGACGCGGAGGCGCUCGCGGAAAGAAUGCAGAAACUCGCCGCAGAGAGCCUGGAGGCAGGGACAGAUGAAGACGAGGCUGCUGCGGUGUCGAAUGCGAAGGGAUGCGAAGGACAGAAAGGACGAGAAAAGAAAGAAAUGGCCGCUCCGAGACGCGUCUCAGUCAGCGUGCUCGACUUCGCGGCUCCCAAAAAUUUCAUCUUCCUCCCCCUAUGGGCCAUGAAGACUCUAAACUUGCGGCCUUUCUCGAUUGUUGCAUGCAAAUGGGAGCGUCUCCCCCUCGCAGCGCAUGUCACGCUGCAGCCAGCGAGCGCAGCCUUCCUUCGGGCCGUUAAGGCGACGAACCAGGACAUCCAGAAAGUGCUCGAGGAGGAAAUACGGCACUACUCGAGUUUGACUGCAAACACCGUCAUUCCCGUCAAAAUCCAAGGCGAGACCUUUUGGCUGCGCGUCCGAGACAUCCAGGCAGAGGGGAGUGGAGCUGCAAACUCUGAGCGCGCCGAGCACGUUUGCGUGCAAGACAGCGACGUGGCUACGACGCUUCUGCCUGCCGAGGACGAGGCGGGAAAACAAAAGACAGAGUGA